AUGAGAGAUCAGCGAGUGGAAAAAGCCCCUGCCUUACUAGAGCACCUUGUUACUCAGGCUCGGGGAUUCAAGGAUGCUGAGCCAUCCGCCUCGGGGGGCCCUGCCCUCCGAGAGGAAACCGGAAUUGGGAAGACUGUAAAUGGUUUUCGUAAACACUCGGAUGUGGGUGAUGUUGCUAAAGCUAUUGUUGUUCAGUGGAAGAAGCUUGUCCCAGAUGGGAAGGAACAAGAUCAGAAACCAAAAAUUGAGCAUGAUAAAAAAGAGAGAGUGGAAAAUAAGACAGCCAGACACUCUACUGAGGAUAAGGUUUUAAAAUCCAUCAAUUCCAGUAAGUCUGCUGAAAGUGGUGUAAACAAAAACAAACCUUUGUCUAAAGAGAAGUCGGAGAAAUCCAUAAGUAACAAAGAACACAGUGGUAAGCUUAAAAAUCAUUCCAAUACUGCAGACCAUAAAUUGAAUAGCUCUGAUUCUCCUGAAAAAGUUGAAAAGCAUUCUUCUUUGAACUCUGCUGGGGAGAAGAAGAAAACACCUCAAAAUUGCAAACUGAAACACACUGAUAAAAGCCAUAACAUAAUGGUGAAGAUCUCAAAUCAGAGUUCAGAACGUACAAUUUUUUCUGAUGAGGAUUUUGAGACCCCAACAAUGUCAUUUGAAUCUUACCUUAAUUAUGACCAGAGUUCAAGUAAAAGGAAAAAAAGGUCUCAUUCUUCAACUGAGCCACCAAAAAAGAUCCAAGUAUGCAAGCAGUAUUGCAAUUUGGAGUUAUCAAAGACUGAAACUUUACCAACUGCUACAAACAAUACAGAACAUUUUGUUAAACCGAAAGAUGCUGCACCUUGUGUAAGUGAGGGCAAAACAGGUUCCUUAGAAGAUUUGCUUAAUGUCCCUCUACCCAAAUUUUUACCAGAACAUACUAUGUUUUCUUCUCCACCUCAUUUCACAGAAUUCAAAGAAGACCAAGCCCAUGAAGUCACUGAACCAGAGGCUGAAUCAAGUGUGUUUACCGGACGCAGAUUAAAUUCUAAAAUGUUGGUAUAUUCCGGUUCAAAAUUAAUUUAUCUUCCUAAGAUGUUAACAUUAUAUGAACAAUGCUUACGAGUUUUACAAAAUAAUGUUGAUGCCAUACAAGAAGUUGGAGGCGUACCAUUUGACAUUCUUGAACCUGUCCUUCAGCGUUGCACACCUGAGCAGCUAAGCCGUAUUGAGGAAUGUAAUCCGGCUUUUAUUGAAGAUUCUGACCACUUAUGGAAGAAACACUGUGAAAGAGAUUUCAAAAACCAGCGGCUUUUGGAGUAUGAGUCAUGGCGAGAAAUGUACAUGAGACUCUUCAGUGAGAGAGAAGAAAAGUUGAAGAUGAUUACCCAAAAUAUCAGUUAUGCCCAUUCAGGAAAACCAAAAGGUCGUCAAGUUAAACUGGCAUAUAUACAUGGUGCAGCUAAGCCUCCGCGGAACAUUCGGCGCAAACAAGAGAUCAAUGGGACAGCUGGGCCAAUUGAACAGCUUCAUCCCUUAGAUAAAUUAAAGUUGAAAUCUGAAACUAGAGAUAAAUGUGCUACCAUUAACAAUCCAAAUGUUUCAAACCCUUCUACAACCACAAGCAUAAAUCACAGUGGUGGACAAAACCAAGAUCAGAGACGUGCUAUAAAGAGAAUUGCACCAAUGAUGGCAAAAUCCAUGCGCGCUUUCAGGAACAGAGUAGGACCAAGAUAAGUUUAAGAUGUCUCCAUACUCCUAUAUAUUUUUUUUUAUAUAUAUUUUUUUUUUAUUCUGAAAAAAAAAUCUUUACAGUGCAAAAUGUAAAUUAUAUAAUUUUUCUUCACAAGGCACUUAAACAAGAAUUAACUUCAGUAUGUAUAAAAUUUGUAUUCUAAUAAAGUAUAAACCAUAA